UUAUUAUUAUUAUUAUUAUUAUCAAUUUUAACAGUUCCUAACUUCCUAUAGGUAACUCUGCACAAGAAACCUUUUCGGGAGGAGCUGAUGGGAAGCGAAUUUUAGAAAUUCCUCCGAAAUUUCAGAAGAAUUCAGCUUAUAUCUAUUUCCUCACGCCAGAAUCUAGGGCUUUGUUUUUGCAUGUCAAGUGUUGAAGCUGAGAAGGAUGGUCGGUGAUACCCGAUCUUCCAGAAAUAUCAAGGAUGAAGGUGAUGGUCGUAAGUCGAAAAGAAAGGCAGAUACAAGAAAAGAUACGUCCAUGCAGAGGUCUGGAAAAUCUCAAGCUUCUGGUGCAAGAAGAUCAGCUCGAGAAGAAUCAGAUUCCGCUAGAGUGACGGCACCAAGUCCUCGGAAAUCCAAGCGUAUUGAGAAGGGGACCCCACCUUCGACUCCUCCCACAAAGCGGAAAUCCGAGAGACUGGAAAAACAAAACACGCCAAGUCCUGUCGGACCUGUGAGGAGGUCUGUCAGAGGUAAGAAUGACUUUUCACCUGAAUCUUCUGGGUCUAAAAAAACCUCAAAAGGACUCAGUCCGCUGGACUCAAAGAGCAAGAAAGAGAAGAACUUAAUUCAGGUGACAAUGGAAUCUGAAAAGGCCAAAAUUGACCCAGAAGUUGGCAUGAAGAGAAAAAAUAUGAACUCGCGGUCCUACAUGGCCCUGUUCAAAAGUCAGCGCAUCAAGAUUGUGCCGGAUGGUGAACGGCGGCUGGAAGGACGAGAUAAACUGUCGGAUGAUGAUGUUUGCAGUGACAAUAGCGGAGGCACUGACUCUGAACCAAUGGGAAAUGGAGUGGUUGGUCCUCAUGAGUUCAGUAGAAGGGCAGUGGGUGAUUCAAGAGAUGAAAGCAUAGAUAUUGAUAAAGCUUCUGGUGAAGCUCUUCACAAGCCGCGUGAAAAAGAUCACGAAGACAUGCAAAAUAAUGUUAAUAUGGCUUCUAGCCAUAGAGACACAGCUUUGGAUGAACCUUGUUCAAACCACCCCAAUACCAAUUCGAGUGUCAGAGAAAUGCCUGAUUUUCCAGAAAGAUUGCCAACAAUUUGUUCUUCUGAUGAUGAUAUGGAUGCUUCUGAAUCUGAAAAUUCAACUUGCUUGGGGACAAUGGGAGAUGUUGCGGGGGAUACUCCUUCACCAUCACCAAAGUAUGAAUACUGUGAUCUUCUGGGCACUUGUGUUCUUUGUUCCAAGUAUAAAAGGAUUGGCUAUAAUUCACCAGAGCAGGAACUUUGCUCGUGCAGUCCUGCAGUAGACAUGGACCAAGGCACCUUAUCUACUUGUAAGUUUGGUGGCUAUAAUUAUUAUGUUCUAAGCCACCAGGAGGCUUUGAAACUUAACUUGAACUACAUAAUCAAAGCUUGGGAAACUUCAAUAGCUAUGGAAAGCUUUCAAAUUGCGCAGCUUGUAACUAAGUUCUUCAAAUCUGGAUUGCAUCUCAAAAAAUGCGGUAAUUUGUCAUCAAAUAGUUUGACUGGCUGGCAACAAUAUUUCCCCAAACAUAUUGUUGAACACCUGAGACAUUUUCAAAAUGGCUUUCAUCUGUAUAUACUUCAAUAUCUUGGCAUGACUUUUCCAGAAAAUGAGACCUUCCCCAGGAUAACUCCUUCAGAUAUCUUAGAAUUCUAUGAACAACUUAUAAUGGUCCGUGCAGCAACGGAUGAACCUUGUGGUGCUAAUAGAUUUGUUGAGACGGACAUCAUCAUCUUUGCCCUUCCAUUUGGGAACUCCAUAUACUUAAUAGCUGAAGAGAAUUGGGACAAUAUCGUUGUAAAUUUCUCUUCCCGGGCUGUCAGCAAUCUGUUUCUCUUUUCCGUGGAUGAACCUGUGCCUUUUGGAAGUAAUCACGAAGUGGCUGUUACCUCAGAAACUGCUGAAAAAUGUGCCUCCAGAGAUCUAACAGAGAUGCUUGCAGAUUCUCAUAAGGAUGGUCAUGAAAAUGUGUGUGUCCUGUGCAACAAAAGUGGCGAGCUCCUGUGCUGUGAGGGGAAAGGUUGCAAGAGGUUCUAUCAUAUCAGCUGUAUAGAUCCCCAACUAACUGAGGCUCUCCCUGGUGUAUGGCAUUGUCCCCAAUGUGUGAAGAAGAAACUUCUAUUUGGUGUUCACUCUGUGUCAGAGGGAAUCGAGUCAAUUUGGGAUGUUGCAGAAGUGGAGGUAUCAAAUGGAGUUCGGCAGAAACAAUAUCUUAUUAAAUACCAUGGGCUUGCUCACAUUCAUAACCACUGGGCUUCGGAGAAACAACUGCUUCUUGAAAAGUCUUGCAUUUUCUCCAACUUUAUUGAAGAAAAUUUGUUAGUGAGGUGGAAUCCUGAGUGGACAAAACCGCAUCGCUUGCUAAGGAAAAGAUCUAUUCUGGAUAAUGUUUAUGUAGCUUCGUCCUCUGUUAUUUCGGUAUGCAAUUAUGAAUGGCUUGUGAAAUGGCAUGGUCUUGGUUAUGACCAUGCUACAUGGGAGUUGGAUAAUGCCUCAUGGCUGAGCUCGCCUCUGGGUCAGAAUCUAAUGAAGGAUUAUGAAAAUCGUUGUGAAAGGGCUAAGCAAGAAGCUAAUCAGCGUAAAAAGGGACCUCUUGUCGAACUUUCAGAGCUUCCAUCCAGUGAGUCAGUGGGAAACGAUAACCAUGUGUUGAAAAAUGUAAAUAAGCUGCGCCAGUUUUUGUUCAAAUGCCAAAAUGUCAUCGUUUUUGAUGAUCAGGAUCUAAUAACGACUGUUUUGUUUUUCCUUCAAUCUAUGGGUGAAAUUUUCCGGCCUUUCCUAUUUGUCACGGCAUCAAGUUCAUUGUCUCAAUGGGAAGAUGAGUUUGCACGUCUGGUGCCGUCUGUUGAUGUUGUGGUAUACAGUGGAAACAAAGACACCAGGAAGGGGAUUAGAGCAGCAGAAUUUUAUGAUGAAGGUGGUUUUUUGAUGCUCCAAGUACUCCUGUCUUCUGUAGAAGCUGUUUUUGAGGAUCUGGACAAGUUAAUGAGCAUAAAGUGGGAAGCAAUUGUAAUUGAUGAUUAUCAGCAAUUUGGGGUAUCAAAUGAUCCUGAAAAAUUUAAAAUGCUGCGUACAAACUCAAGGAUACUUUUGGUCAGUGGUCAAAUAAAGGAUACAACAUCUGAAUACCUUAAAAUGCUAUCGCUGCUUGAAUCUCAUGCUGAUCUUGACAAACUGAGGGGCUUGAAAUCCGAGACAAAUGACAAUCUGUGUAAAAUGAAAGAUCGAUUGUCACGUUUUAUUGCAUAUGGAAGCAAGUUUCAAAUGUCUAAGUUCCAUGAGUAUUGGGUACCAGUUCAGAUAUCAAAUUAUCAGCUUGAGCAUUAUUGUGCUACGCUUCUUAAUAACUCGGUCCAUCUUCGUUCCUGUUCAAAAGUUGACCUGGUGGGGGCACUCCGUGAUGUUCUUUUUGCUGCUCGAAAGUGUUGCGAUCACCCGUAUCUUCUGGACUUAUUUGUACAAGAGUGCUUGAUUGCUGAGAAACGUCCUUUGCCUGAGAUCUUGGAGAUUGGAAUAAAAGCAAGUGGCAAACUAGAACUUCUUGAGAAGAUGCUCACCGAGAUCCGUAGUCGAGGCUUACAAGUACUUAUACUUUACCAGGCAGUUAGUGGAGCGCCAAUCGGAAAUUUCCUGGACGAUUUUCUUCAGCAAAGAUUUAAUCCAGGUACUUACGAACGCAUUGAACAAUCAGUCAACCCUUCCAAAAAGCAAGCUGCUGUGAACCGAUUUAACAAGAAGGAGACCGGGCAGUUUAUUUUUCUGUUGGAAACCCGUGCUUGUUCGCCAAUCAUUAAACUUUCCUCACUGGAUCUUGUCAUCAUAUAUAAUAGUGACUGGAAUCCAGCAAACGAUUUGAGAGCCCUGCAAAAGCUAUCACUUGGUUCGAAGGCUGAGCAGAUCAAAGUUUUCAGGUUAUAUUCAUCCUUCACUGUUGAAGAAAAGGCCUUAGUUCUGGCAAAGCAAAACUUGAAUCUCGACAAUAAUUUGCAAAAUUUUUGCCGUACCGCGAGUGACAGUCUUCUCUCCUGGGGUGCCGCACAUCUGUUCGGCAGGUUAGAUGAGUAUCAUGCUAAUGGCGCCUCUGAUUCGGCUUCAAAUCCUUCUGGGCAGCUGCUUUUGAGUGAAGUUGUCAAGGAGUUUCAGGCCAUACUUUCCGAAAAUGCCAAUCCGAAUUCUGUUAUUUCAAAAGUUAAAUUGGGUGUCGGGAGCUAUAAUGGGGGCAUUCCCAUGUAUGGCAAGGCACAAGUUCAGUUGGAAGAUGGAGAGGAGUCGCAUGUUUUCUGGAGAAACUUGUUGGAUGGAAGAAACUAUGAUUGGAAACAUUUAAGAAGCCAGUCGUCUAGAAAUCGAAAGAGAACUCAUUACUCUCAAGCGUAUUCUAGUAUACCAGGGUCAGAAAGAGAUGACAUGGCAAAGAAACGAAAGAAGGUGAUCGAUGAUAGUUCAGAUCCAGCCUUAGUUCAAGUUGAUUUAGGAGUGGACCAAGUCCGUCAAGUUGCUGGUUCUAAGGAAGGCUCAACUAGAAUCAAACCCCGUAAUCGACCGGAUAUUAUACAAAAAGAAGGUAAUACUUCCAAAAAUAUUCCAAAUGGCAUUUCUGGUUGCAGCCCUUUUGGUGCUAGGGUUUCUGAAGGUAUGCCAGGGGGAAGAAUUGUAUCAUCUGAUGAGCGUAAUGCCCUCCACAGCUCUUUGAAAGCAGAGAUGAUGAGACUCUGCCAAGUUCUUAACUUUUCGGAGGAUGUCAUUGUUGAAGCAUUGAGAUUUUUGGAAUAUGUCAUCUCAAAGCGUUGUGUCAACACUGACUCACAAUCAGUCGUGCAGGCUCUCCAAAUUUCUCUGUGUUGGAUUGCAGCAGCAAUCACGAAAACCAAGAUUGACAAGAAGGAGUCUCUAACGCUAGCCAAGCAACAUCUGAGCUAUCAAUGCAAUGAAGAACAAGCUUACUCGGUUUAUUUCAUUCUCAAGGAGAUGUCCAAAUCCGCAAAUGAAAUCAUCAACUCAGGACGACACGUUGCCGAGGAAAACAUCAAUAAGAAGGAAGCUGCUCCGACAGGCAACCUAAAGAAAUUGCAGAAAAAGAUUAAAAAGCGUAGGAAGAAACUUUUACAAGGUCAUCAACAGGAGCUCCGUGAGUUCCACGUGAAAUGGCAGAAGGAGAGGUCAAAACUCGAGAUGGACCACAAACUGGAAUCGGCCUUUGUUCGGACCGUGCAUGGUCAGAGCUUGGCUGGGAUGGACAAACUCAGGCUUUUGGAUAAUGACUUUAACACGAAACUAAAGGAGCUCAACCUCCAAAAGGAUCUGGACCUUAAAGCUCUGGAGGCACGGCAGGUGGGAGAGAUCGAAGAGGAGGAGAAAAGGACAGCUGGAUGGAUGGCCAAAGCAGAACGCAACUUGAGUUGCCCAGGUUCUGUUGGUGAGCUCGUGCCACUUGUCCCUCAAUCUGAGGAGCAUGCUAAUGAAGGCUCUCAGCCGAACGGACCAUCUGACGAGGCAGUAGGAUGUGAGAUGAGUGUUGAGAAUUCAGGAACUGUUCCUGCACCAGAAGAAGGCACAGAGCCUGCCAGUCAACCGAAGCAAACGAGUGAUAAUGACGAAUCUGUAGUUCUUCCGGAUCCACCUGCUUCUGUGGACCAGGUUCCUGAUGAAAUAAAUGCAUCAGAAAAAGAUGGAGGCAAUGUUGCUUCACCUGAUGCUGUGGUGGACGAGAGAUGUGGGCCUGAUGAGGCCGCUGUUGGGGAUUCACAAGGCCUGAAACAGCCGGUUGUCCAAUUGGAAGGAAAUGCAGCUUUGCCAGAUUGUGGCAACUUGUCAUCACAGAAAGUUGUCCAAUCGGAAGGAAAUGCAGCUUUGCCGGAUUGUGGCAACUUGUCAUCACAGAAAGUGCAGCAGGAUACAACCAACCAGAGUUUGGCAUCUGAGUCGCCAGCUGUGGAAAAUCAAAAUACUUUGCAGGUUCAAACUGAACUCAUCAACACUGUGACUCCUGCACUGUCAAAUCAGGAAGAAGCUCCAGGGGCUGAUGAAUCUGUUAAUUCUGUUCCUACGGAUAAGGAAACUGUGACCGCUAUGCAGACGGAUAAUGAAAUUGUGACCCGUGUGCCUACGGAUAAUGAAACCGUGACCGGUGUGCAGACGGAUAAUGAAAUUGUGACCCGUGUGCCUACGGAUAAUGAAACCGUGACCCGUGUCCAGACGGAUAAUGAAAUUGUGACAAGUGUACCUUUGAAUCAAGCAUAUGUGGCCCGUGUUACGUCAGAGCAUGAAACAGUGGCCGGGGCACCAUCAAAUCCUAGACAAAGUGCUGAAGUGCCUGCUGUUUCUGAGAAUGAUGUGAUUCCACCCUCUCAGGUAGUGACUCGUACUUCUGAACGGGCAAAUGAAGCUGCUUUUCAACUUGGGUCACAAGCAAGCCAUUCUGAGGGUCCCAGCUACGUUGUCAAUCCUAGCCAUCAACUUGCUUACGGAAGUUUACCACCUUCUUCAUCUAUUGACCCACUUCAAAUCGAGUUAGAUAACCUACGUAGUGAAACUGAACAACUGGAUAAAAACCAUAAAGAAUUGGUUAGUGUUCCAUCCAGCUUCUUACAGCACAUGCAGCAGCUAUCAACCCUGCCAACCCGCCCACCGGGCCCCACUCACCCAGUCUCGGCCCCAAUCCGCCCAUUGGGCCCAACCCUCCCACCGGGCCGAACUCAGCCAGUCGCACCACCAACCCGCCCACCGGGCCCAACUCAGCCAGUCGCUAACCGAACCCGCCCACCGGGCCCGACCCAUCCAGUCAUGGCCCGACCCAUCCCACCGGGCCCACUCGGGCCCGCACGGCCAAUCGUGGCCCGGACCCCUCCCGUCAUAGGCACCAUCACGCCCUCCCGCGGGUCGCCACCUGUCCCGCGGGUCGAGAUCCGCUCGGCGGCACCCCACCUCCAGCACUCGAGGCCACGCCCUGCGUCGCCACCUGUCCCUCAACCUCCUCCGGCCUAUUCUAAUAAUUUUCCGGCGGUGGCACGAGGCCCCGGCAAUUCGUCUCGGCCUUUGGAUUUGCCGGAGAUUGGUUCGAAAUUCGGGACUUUGGAGACAUCAGACCUGGAGAUAAUAAGCAGUGUGCCACAGACGGCGAGAGACCAGGCGGCAAAUGGCGAGAAUGUGGUUUGCUUGUCGGACGGCGAGUAG